GCGAGCGCGCUGGGCUAGCAGGACCCGGCGCCGUCGGGCUGCAGGACGCGCGCGCCCCGGACGAUGAGACCCGAAGCGGCCGGAGCCCGGGAGGCGCGGGGACGCCUCCGCCGCUGUCCUGGGGAGGACGAUCCUGGGAGGCCACCGCUGCCGCGUGGCCCGGGGAGGUCCGUCCCAGCCCCGUGGAGACCGUGGGUGCCGCCCCCUGGAGACGCCGCGCUGGCCAGCUCUGGAAGUCAGUGUGAGCCUUGGAGGAUCCAGCAAGCAGUGGGAUCAAAGGGAGCCUUUGGGUUCCAGCAUCCUGUCAGAUUGUACUUACCCAUUUCAAAGCGCCAAGAGUACCUGCAGAGCCCUGGAGAGAAAGUACUGGCCAGCUUCCCAGUGCAAGCCACCAUUCAUUUCUACAACGAUGAGUCAGAGUCUGAGGAGGAGCAAGAGGAGGCAGCGCCCGGUCCAACCAUCCUCAGUGCCAGGAGGCACGAAGCCCAGGAGGAAAGGGCAGAGUAGGGCUGGCCAGCCUCCGGGAGGAAGGGUGACAGGGUAGCGGCCGGCUCUGCAGGGGCUCUCCAGCAGAAAGGGGGUCUCUCCACACAGGAAGCUCAGAGGCUGAGACUGUGCUCAGGCCAGGAGCUUUUAAUCUUUAUUUUCCUGGCGGGAGUGAGUGAGUGUGUGUGUGUGUGUGUGUGUCUGACUGCCUGUCUGUGUCUGUGGGUCUGACUGUCUGUCUGUGUGUUUGUGUGUGUGUCUGUGUCUGUGUGUUUGUAUGUGUGUGUGUCUGACUGUCUGUGUGUCUGUCUGUGUGUUCGUGUGCACACACACGUACUCAAGCUUAGCUUUGAGGAAGGGUGUCCAACAAGAGCUGUGUGUCCACACAUGGUGUCCUCAGGGGGAAGGCCUCCAGAGCUCACUCUGUCAUGCUGAGCUGCCACCCCUCUUCCCAGAGCCCCAUUAUCUAGCCAUUCUUGCCUUCAUACAAAUAACGUAACUCCCAUUUGAAGAGUUCAUUUGGUUGCUCAGUAGCUGUCUGAAAUCUAUUCUUUUACUUGUGAAAAAAAAAAAAAACAGUUAAAACACUGAAUAAUUUCCACAGAAAUAAGAAGUAAGAGGUUUUCUUUUUAGGGGAUAAAAUGUGUGCUUGUGAGAACUGAAUUAGAGCUGUGUUUAUAGGUGUGUGUCAUAAAGGGUUAAUUUUCUCACUUGGUGACCUGUAUGGCCCUGCAUUAUUUACAUGGAGUGGCACUAUUUUUAAUUGUUAUCUUAUGAAAAAUUAUUUUGAAUUUCAUCAAGAUGACUAUGCUCUUAAAGGCUCUCCCGAUUAUCUUACCUGAAUCAGUGUUCCUGUAUACACCACACUGUGAAUUUUUACUGCAAUAAA